AUGGUCAUGGACGUCGCCCGUACGUCCAUGAUGCAUGCGGCUACCCCCCAUUUUCUGUGGCUGUUUGCGGUUCGGUACGCGGCGCAUCAGAUCAACCUUCACCCCAGGGUCUCCAUGCCGGAGACCUCCCCAGCUUUGCUGUGGACAGGGAAGGUUGGCGAUGCGUCUGCGUUCCGUGUCUGGGGAUCUCGGGCGUUUGUCCGCGACUUGUCUACGGACAAGCUGUCCCCUCGUGCUGCUCCUUGCGUCUUCCUUGGCUUCCCCCCUGACGCGCCAGGGUGGCAAUUCUACCACCCCACCUCUCGUUGUGUUCUGUCCUCCCAGGACGUCACGUUUGACGAGUCGGUCCCCUACUACCGUCUCUUCCCCUACCGCACUCCGUCCCUCCCCCCUCAGGGUCCUGCCCCUUCAGGUGUGUCCCAGGUAGACGCAGUCGAGUCUGUGGAGGUUACUGGUGACUCUGGUGCUGCUGGGGGUGCUGAGCCUGGGGGUGCUAACUCUGGGGGUGCUGAGCGUGUGGGUGCUACGCCUAGGGGUGCUGGGCCUAAGGGUGGUGCUGCUGGGGGUGCUGAGCAUAGGGGUGCUGAGACAGGGGGUGCUGAGCCUGGGGGUGCUACGUCUGGAGGUGCUGAGCCUGGGGGUGCCACGUCUGGAGCUGCUGAGCCUGGGGGUGCGGAGCCUGCGGCCGCUGGACCUGCUCGUGUGGCGUCUGGCGGUGCUGGGCCUAGAGGUUCUCCGGGUGCUUCGUCUCCGCGGGAGCCACUCUCUUCACAGGAGCUGCGCGAGUGGUUUGCCCAGCGCUGGAGGCGUACUGCUGGAGCUGGCGCUUCUUCGGCUGCUGAGGGUGCUGGUGCCGCCGGUCCCGGAGGUGCUCGUACUAGGAGUACUGGAGCUGCUGGGCCUGCGGGUACGACUGGAGCUGGAGCUGCUGAGGGUGUUGGCGCUGAGGCUACUGCUGUGAGUCCUGGCGGCGGUCCUGCUGCGGGUGCUGCUGGUGCUGCUGGAGGUACUGCAGCUGGAGGUGCUGUUGGCGCUUGUACUGCCGCUGGGGGUGCUGGUGCUGUCCCUGCUUCACAAUUACCGCCGGCCUCCCCAUGGCCUGCUCCUUCUCCCUACACUGGUCCUACUAGAGGUCUUGCUGAGCGUCGUGAGCCUGCGUCUCGUCCUGCGUUGCCUGUUCGUGCGGCUCGCACUAGUGGUCCCGGUUCGCGUCUGCGUCCUCCUCCUGUCCAUGGCACGCACCGGAUGUCUCUGCGUCCGUCCACUGCUCCUCUGCGUGUCCCUUUGCCUUCUCCUCUUGUGUCCUCUCUUCCUGCUCUUGCCGACUCGGAGUCGGACUCUCUUCGUGCUGCCAGUCCUACUGUCACGCGUCUCUUUGCUACUGUCGUCACUGAUCCCUCCUUUGAGUCCACUGCUGCGUCUGCCCUAGUUGCUGAGCUCGUCGACUUUGCUGCUCGCUGUCGUCUAGACUACACUGCUAGUCUUGUUGCUGAGUCUGCGUCUGUCUGUCCUCCGUCCGUCGGGGGUGAGUGUGCUCUUGGCACGGACGUCCUUGAGGACAGGCAUGAGGAGUUCCAGUGUCUGGCUACUGCUUCACCUUAUCUCGUGUCUGUACUGCUUGCCCCUGAGGGAGACCCGGAUGCACUUGACAUCCCGACUCCGCGCUCUUACGCGGAGGCCGUAGAGGGUCCCUACUCCUCUCAGUGGCAGGCAGCUAUGGACGCAGAGAUGGCUUCCUGGAAGUCCACAGGCACCUACGUUGACGCGGUUCCCCCGCCUGGGGCGAACAUCCGGCAGGGAGUUGACUACUUUCAGACCUUCUCUCCCACCCCGAAGAUGACCACUCUUCGGGUGCUGCUGCACAUAGCCGCUCAGCGCGACUACGAGCUUCACUCUCUUGACUUCAGCACUGCUUUCUUGCAGGGUAGCCUGCACGAGGAGAUCUGGCUGCGCCGCCCACCUGGCUUCACUGGGACUUUUCCUCCUGGCACCCAGUGGAGCCUCCGGCGGCCAGUCUACGGUCUCCGCCAGGCACCGCGUGAGUGGCACGACACACUGAGGACUACGCUUGUGGCUCUUGGGUUUGCUCCUUCAACAGCCGACCCGUCGCUGUUUCUGCGCACCGACACUUCUUUGCCGCUGUUCUACAUCCUCGUGUACGUCGACGACUUGGUCUUUGCCACACCUGACACUACUGGACUCGCCCACGUGAAGUCCGAGCUCUGUGAGGCUGAGAUCUACGCUGGGGCCAUGGCUGCACAGGAGCUUCGCUGGCUCACCUACCUGCUGACUGACCUCGGAGAGCCGUCUCGUUCUCCUCCAGUGCUGUACGUAGACAACAAGGCCAUGCUGGCCUUGUGUCGAGAGCAGAGACUGGAGCACUAA